AUGCUGAACAAACAAACAACACUCAAGGCUAUCCUAGGCGGGGUUCUCCUCCUUGCCUCUGCCUACCUUUUGAACAUCGAUACAGCCGUCGCUCAAGACACCUCUGCGGCUGUCCACCCCAACGUCGCUAUCUCUGCCGAGUUCCCCAAAGCUGUCGCUGGAGUUACCCCGAAUCUCGUCAGUGGACGGGCCAACAACUUGAAGGUGACGCUGCAUAACUCUGGGGCGCACGAUCUCAUCGUCAAGAUGAUAGUUGGAUCUGUUGCUGAAGUGAAGGACUUUAAUGCCGUCACACACAACCUAACUCCCUUCCGAUGUGACAAGACGUUGAAGGCCCACAGCGCCUUGAUCCUCCCAUACACCAUCAAGAUAACUCACCCUUCUCGUGAUGUCAGUCUCACCCUCUUGGCCGAGCUGGUCGACCCUCACUCCGUGCUUCACCACCAGUUCCCGGCAUUGAUCUUUAACAGCACCGUCCAUUUUACCCAACCCGCCUCUUCUUGGCUCGACUGGAAGCUCAUCCUCGGCUCGAUGGUAAUGGCCGGCGCAAUCACCUCAAUCGUCAUGACCGUCACCGCCAAGAACAUCAAGUCCGACCCCAAGAAACAGCAGGAAAGGCUUAUAAAGGACAAGAACGAUCCCAAGAUGUCUGCCAUGGACCGCUAUGCCGUCCUUGCUAAUAUGAAGGCCGAUGACACCCCCCUUGACACCAGGGACAAUGCUGACAAGACGCCCGGCACCAACGAUCCCAAGAUGUCUGCCAUGGACCGCUAUGCCGUCCUUGCUAAUAUGAAGGCCGAUGACACCCCCCUUGACACCAGGGACAAUGCUGACAAGACGCCCGGCACCAACGAUCCCAAGAUGUCUGCCAUGGACCGCUAUGCCGUCCUUGCUAAUAUGAAGGCCGAUGACACCCCCCUUGACACCAGGGACAAUGCUGACAAGACGCCCGGCACCAACGAUCCCAAGAUGUCUGCCAUGGACCGCUAUGCCGUCCUUGCUAAUAUGAAGGCCGAUGACACCCCCCUCAACACCAACAAGGACAAUACUGAUAAGACCGCCGGUAUCAACGAUCCCGAGAUGUCUGGCAUGGACCGGUACGCCGCCCUGUCCGAGAUGAAGGCCAAGAAUGGCAACCUCCUUGAACCCAAGACCAAGUCUACCACAACCACUGCAACUACAGAUAUGUUGACCGGUGGUGCGCCCUUUGGCAUUCUUUCACAGAUGAAGGCCCAGGAGGGCGACCAUGUUGAUGAGAAGUUGGACCGGAAUACCGAACCUGAGUCCAUGCACCACAAAGUGCCUCAGAUGACUGCUUCUGCCGACCGGUUUAAGGUUCUGGCGGAUAUGAAGGCGACUCGUGGGGAUGAUGUUUUGAACCCUGACAAGAACAUGGCUCCUACCCGUGCCUUGUAA